GGGCAGAUCCAGAGGAUAAAAGCUCAUCCGGUCGGAUUUUGGGAGCAGAAGAGAAGGAAGCGGAGGAUGAAGAUGAUGAAGACGCCGCUGCUGCUGCUGGUGUUCCUGUGCGUCGCCUGGGCUCAGGAUGUGCUGGAGUACGAUGAUUAUGAUCUAGACAACAAAAUUUCCCCGAAACCCAAUAAGACGACGGACGGAGCGGCCGUGGACGCUCGCGGUCACCGGCCACUGGACAGAGCCAGGGAGUCGUACACCAGCCGCUAUGCUCCUCCCCCCAUCUCCGGAGGCAGCAGGUAUCGAGGACGCCCCACCGCAGCCCCUGUUGGAGGCCCAAAAAAGCAGGAAAAGGUGCCUCAGCCUGAGUCUGGAGGAUGUACCCACGCCUCUGAGGAGAUGGGUGUUUUGUGUCCUACUGGCUGUGAGCUAAAGACCACGCUGACAAAGCAAGAAAAGAACGUCAAGUUGGUCAUUGACGAGCUCAAGCCAGAACUUGACGAAUUGUCCCAAUCCUCAAACAGGAUCUUUGAUUAUGUCAAUGGAAUGUCGAACUCUCUGAGAGAAAGACAAAGACUCGUAACAGACAACAACCAGGUGGUGGUUCAGUUCACUGAUCAAGUGGAGGAGAACCAUGCCUACAUCAAAGAAGUGGUGGACACAGUCUUCCCCUCCAACAUCAGGGUUCUUGAGGGGGUUCUGAACAAGAUCAGACAAAAGAUCCAGAAGCUCGAGACGGCCAUUCAAGCCCAGCGGGAGAAGUGCAAGGAUCCGUGCAUGACCAAGUGCCCCAUACCGGUGGUGUCUGGUAAGGAGUGUGAGGACAUCUACCGUCGUGGUGGAACAGAAUCCCAAAUGUAUAUGGUCCAGCCUGACCCUCUCUACCCACCGUACAAGGCCUUCUGCGAUCAAACAACCCAGAAUGGAGGAUGGCUUUUAAUCCAGAACCGGCUUGAUGGCAGCGUGGACUUUGGUCGGCGCUGGGACGAAUACCGCCGUGGUUUUGGCAACAUCGCUUUCCCUGCGAGCAAGCGUCACUGCGAGAUUCCCGGGGAGUACUGGCUGGGUAACGAACGCAUCAGUCAGCUAACCAAGACGGGCCCUACCGAAGUUCUCAUUGAAAUGGAGGACUGGGAAGGAACCAAGGUCCAUGCCAAGUACAGCCGCUUUACUGUCCAGUCAGAGACGUCUAACUUUGUAAUGGCCGUUGAAGGCUACUCUGGUAAUGCCGGCAACUGCUUCCUGGAAGGAUCCCCGGAGCUCUUUGGAGAAAACCGUACCAUGACGAUUCACAACGGCAUGAUGUUCAGUACCUACGACAGAGACAAUGACAACUGGAACCCUGGAGAUCCUUCCAAGCAGUGUGCCAGAGAGGACGGUGGUGGCUGGUGGUACAACCGCUGUCACUCAGCCAAUCCCAACGGCCGGUACUAUAUAGGCGGGCCUUACACAAAGCAGAUGGCAAAGCAUGGCACAGACGAUGGCGUGGUGUGGAUGAACUGGAAGGGCAGCUGGUACUCGCUGAAGGCCAUCAGCAUGAAGAUCAAACCAUUCUUCGCUUCUCGAUAAUCGUCCAGCAUCGACACAAACAGACAUUCAGAUCUAAAGAACACUUCAGAACAGCAGAAAGAGACAAAAAAGUAUUUUAAACAAACAAGUCAGGAAUUUUAAAACAAUCAUGUUUGCAGAUGACUUUAUGAAAAGUUUUACAGAAAAAGAGACUAACGGGUUUUGUGCUUUGAAAGGACUUGUCUUGUUUUGUGUGACCACUGUGACCCCAGACGAGUUAACGAAACUGUCUGACGCUACACAAUAAACAUGUUGUGGAACAUA